AUGAUGUUGGAGAAUCAUAGCGAACUCCACAAAGUAAUUAGUAAUGUUGUGAAAAUUGUCCUGAUUCUACGUUCAGUUGAUCGGUCUUACAUUAUGCCCAGAAAGAUGACAAAUUAUAUAUUUUCCAAAUUCGAUAAGCUUCAUAGAUUUCAUUCUUCUGAUCGAAAGGACAUUCUGAAGGUGUUGAACGGUAUCACAUAUCUUGGAAAUUAUGAAGACCCUGAAGAUUUCUCGACUGUUAUAAAAUUGUUUGAUUUUUUGAAGAAUAUGCUGCCCGACCCCAGUACCUUUGAUGCUGACCUGGAAAGUGGUUACUUAGAGAGAAACGAGCCGGAUUGGAGCACUAAACUCUCUGAAAUAGAGCUUGUUUCGCUCGCUGUCUACAACAUUCUUCGACGAAGUCGGUCCACUGCAGAAGAUAUUCUGUCUGCUAGCGAUAUUUGGAAACCUCGGUUUCAAUAUUUCGUGAAUGUGAUCCGUGUAUACACGCAACGUUUGAAGAGGAAAUUGGACGAGGAAAUCAAGGAAGAGCAUAACGCAGACAAUUCGAAACUACUGAAAAUAGCCAACAAUGUUGGGUAUGUGGUUUGA